CUCGGGGCGUGGCUCUGCUGCCCUGGCAGUGGUCUCCGGGCCCCCGCCUACAGCGGCCGCCGGGGCUUGAUCUCCUGCAUCGACCUUGAGCCUUCAGACUGAGUGUUGGCGCAGGUAGACAGCGGCAGACAGAUGUACGUGGAGGGGGCACAGUUUCCCCAGGAUACUGACACAGCCCAACGGAAAAAAGGCAUUUACCAAAAUGUGCCCGUUGUUACUUUAAUGGGGACUUAUGAGGAGGACAAGAUGAAGAAGGGUAUUGAAAGAAUAACUAGGAGCUUCCACGGGACUAAAUGAAGAACAGAAAGGAUUUCAGAAAGUGGCCUUUGACUUCGCAGCCCGGGAGAUAGCCCCUCAUAUGGCCGAGUGGGACCAGAAGGAACUGUUCCCAGUGGACAUGAUGCGGAAGGCUGCCCAGCUAGGUUUCGGAGGGGUCUACAUACGAACAGAUGUAGGAGGGUCAGGACUGUCACGGCUCGAUGCCUCGGUCAUCUUCGAAGCCUUGGCUACAGGCUGCACCAGCACCACAGCCUAUAUCAGCAUCCACAACAUGUGUGUCUGGAUGAUCGAUACCUUUGGAAAUGAGGAACAGAGGCACAGAUUUUGCCCACCGCUCUGUACCAUGGAGAAGUUUGCUUCCUACUGCCUCACUGAGCCAGGAAGUGGGAGUGAUGCCGCCUCCCUUCUGACCUCAGCUAAACUUCAAGGAGAUCAUUACGUUCUCAACGGCUCCAAGGCCUUCAUCAGUGGUGGAGGUGAGUCACACAUCUACGUGGUCAUGUGCCGAACAGGAGGACCAGGCCCCAAAGGCAUCUCGUGCGUUGUCGUUGAGAAGGGGACCCCUGGCCUUAGCUUUGGCAAGAAGGAGAAGAAGGUGGGGUGGAACUCACAGCCAACCCGAGCUGUCAUCUUCGAGGACUGCGUCGUCCCUGUGGCCAACAGAAUUGGGAACGAGGGGCAGGGCUUCCUCAUUGCCAUGAAAGGACUGAACGGAGGGAGGAUCAACGUUGCUUCUUGUUCUCUUGGGGCUGCUCAUGCUGCUCUCAUUCUCACCCGAAACCAUCUCAACGUCCGGAAGCAGUUUGGAGAGCCUCUGGCUAGUAACCAGUACCUGCAGUUCAAACUGGCUGACAUGGCAACCAGGCUGGUGGCCUCACGGCUGAUGAUCCGCAGUGCCGCCGUGGCCCUGCAGGAGGAACGGGAAGACGCAGUGGCCCUGUGCUCCAUGGCCAAGCUCUUUGCUACAGAUGAAUGUUUUGCUAUCUGCAACCAGGCCUUACAGAUGCAUGGAGGCUACGGCUACCUGAAAGACUGUGCUGUUCAGCAGUAUGUCCGGGACUCCAGGGUCCACCAGAUACUGGAAGGUGACCAGUGCAGACACAUCACCAAACCAUGGGCCUCUCUUGGAUCUGCAUCACCUCGAUUUGUCUGCAUUUGGCUGGAUCACUGGGUCCUCUUCCAGGGAUCUGGGUACUUCCAUGGAGGGUUUUUCCUAUUUGUAAAGCAAAGGCAUGGGAAAGGAAAAUGGAGAGAAAACGGCCUCCUCUCUUUCCUGUCCUCUGCACCUCAGCUACAGGUGUGGAAGGGCUCUGCGGGUGCACUGCCUGUAGAGCACACCUCUGAACACCAAUCAUGAUAAAACUAGGGUCAGGAAGACCUUGUUCCUGUGACUCAGUGGUAUCUGGGGUCUGGACUCCCUGACUCAAGGACAGUCACUGAGGUCACUUGGGACUUUGAAUUUUUGUUGUUGCUUUCUUUUUUAAGAAUCAUGUAGUUUGGGAUGGCAUUCAAAAUUUCUAUAACCCUUUCUAAUAAAUACUUUGAGUAUAUUUUUUCUUA